CGGACUGCUACAGCACAUUACAUUGGUUCCUACAAGCUGCAGAACAUGAAUUCACUACAGCAUGUCAGGAUAACCGUUUAUAUUUAAGUGUAGCUGCACACGGCUUGAAGCUAUGACGGGGGUUUGGAACAACCUUUACAUUUCGUGCGUUUUAUUAUUUAUUAGUUAUCAUUCUGGUGUUUUUAGGUUUUCGUCAGUGACAGCCCAAGAUAUUGAUGAGUCACUGGCGCUCACGCUGUCAGAGGAGGCUGUUUCUGACUUGGAGAACAGCCCCAAGUUUGUUGAAUCAGAAGACCUGGAAACUCUGCCGAAGAGGCAGUUCAAGACAGCUGAGAUUGCAGAUGCUCUGAUGGGCACUGAAGCCCCCAUCAAUCCGUCUGACAUCGAGUCCCUUUUCCCAAAAAAUGUAAAAGACUUCCAGUCAGGUUUCUCUCCGCCUUGUGACGAGGUCAGUGCCCAGUGCGCUUCGUCUGCUAAAGGAGCGUCACUGGAGGAGACGGGCACCGAACCGUCACAGCAGGUCACCCUUGACAUAGUGCACGCGGGUGUCUCAACCUCCGAGGAGCAGAACACCACAGAAACUGCCAAGACGUACAAAGUGAAUUGUGAUAAGAGGAACUUCACAGAAACUGACAGUUUUACUGUGCAUGUCCUCAACGUUUCACAGGACCUGAUGGAGUACCUGAAUGUGAACAGCACAGAAUGCUCUGUUGUGCUGUUCUUCACUGCGUGGUGCCAGUUCUCCGCCAGCCUGGCACCUCACUUCAACGCCCUACCCAGAGUCUUUCCCAGCAUGCACUUCUUGGCACUUGAUGCCUCUCAACACAGCAGCCUCUCCACAAGGUUUGGGACCGUGGCUGUGCCCAACAUUCUUUUGUUCCAGGGGGCCAAACCCAUGGCUCGCUUCAACCACACUGACAGAACGCUGGAGACACUCACCUCAUUCAUUGCUAACCAGACAGGGUUUGAAUCUGUCACUGACAGAAACGUGACGGACGAUGACCGCCUGGGCCCCCUCCCCAGCGUCCCGGUGAGCAGCAUCGACUGGCUACUGGUCUUCUCCAUCCUCUUCAUCACAGGCUUCUUUAUUUACGCCAUCCUGAGAACAGACAGCAUCCGCUGGCUGAUACCAGGACAGGAGCACGAGCAUCAGGACUGAAAACACAAAAGCACGGCAAAUCACUAGAUGUAAACUUCCCUCGAUCAACAAUUUAGUUUAUUUAUCAUGCGCUAAUUUGUUGAUAUUUUACGUGUUUUUUGGAAAAAACUAAUUAAUUGAGCCAUUUGGAUAUAUAAUAAAAAAUACAUGAUUA